AUUCUUAACUUUGUACAAUUCGAAUCUCGCGCAAUUGAAGUAUCGAGAGAUUCGGAAGUGGUCGAGUAGAGUCGGAUAUGUUCGCAAGAUAGGAUCGUUCGAUAGGCUGGCGUAGUAGGGGUGAUAGAGACUUCAGAGGUGUCGCAACAGUCUACGUAGUCGGAGUAGUCGGACGUGGUGGCUGGUACGGUGUGGUGUUUCUUCGCGUCGCGUUGAAAAAAGUUAAGGUGACUCGUGUUUAAAGGUAACAAAACAUAAAUGUGCGAAACGUUAAACGAACGAUGAUAGCGUGAAAUAAUACAUUUUUUAAUAAUAGUUAAUCGUGUUAAUUCCGGAGGACGUCUUAACGACAAGAAGUUAACAUGAUUAGUGAUACUUUGUGCUACUUGAACUACCGUUUCUUCUUCCCAAGUGUUUCGAUGGUGCGGUGCAAAUCGGUGCUCUUGCUUUUCAUUUUUCUCAUCAUCGUCGUUACCGCUCAUACCGAAAGUCAAGAACCAUCUCCGGAGUUCAGCAGACACACAAUAAUUAAGCCACGAGUUUACCAUGGUAGAACGAAGAGACAAAUAUCAUCGACCAAAGAGAACGAUAUCGAUCAUGCAGAUGUAUUAACAGUCGGCUUUGAAGUGGAUGGCGUCAAGCGUUUGUUAGAUCUCCGAUUAAAUACCGAUCUGAUACCAGUUGGCUAUCAACAACGUUAUCAGCAUCGUGGCACGUACAAAGUCCAUACACCGUCGAGAGUGGAACUCUGUCACUAUCAAGGUAGCGUACGUGAUGUUCCUGGAUCAUGGGUAGCCUUGUCCACUUGUAAUGGCUUACAUGGUGUCAUCUUUGACGGUGAAAAUCUUCAUCAUGUUCAACCAGAAAAAGAUUCCUUGGACUCUAAACACUAUCUCUAUAAACAGGAUGACCUCGUCGCAAAUAAGACUUGUGGUUACGAAGGAACACCGCACAACGUUCUUGACAGUCACCGUAGUGAAGCUAAAAGGUUGUCAAGGCAUAAAAGAGCAGCCGAAUCGAUAAGGGGUCCUUACAAUGCUAAUAGACAAUCACGUUACAUCGAGCUGGUUUUAGUAAUCGAUAAGAAAGGAUAUAUAGCACUUAAUGAGAAUUUAAACAGGGUUUAUCAUCACUGCAAAAAUAUCGCCAAUAUCGUUAAUGCUCUUUUUAUGCCACUUAAUAUAUUCGUCGCAUUGGUGGGCGUUCAAGUGUGGACUGAAACCGAUGAAAUAGCUCUCUCUCCAAACGGUGACAACACGCUUUCGAAUUUCUUACGAUAUCGUAGAGAAAAAUUAGUACAUGAUAUUCCAAAUGACAAUGCUCAGUUAUUGACGAAAAUACGAUUCGAAGGUGGAGUUGUUGGAAAGGCAUUGAAAGGACCGAUAUGUACUUAUGAAUUUUCUGGUGGUGUCUCUUUCGAUCACUCGAAUAUAGUAGGCCUGGUAGCCGCCACUGUAGCCCAUGAAAUGGGCCAUAACUUUGGUAUGGAACAUGAUACGGCUGAUUGCGAAUGCCCAGAAGACAAAUGUAUCAUGGCACCAUCGAGUGGAUCUUUUGGUCCGUCACAUUGGUCAACUUGUUCCUUGGAACAUUUAGCAUUAGCUUUUGAACAUGGUAUGGAUUAUUGCUUAAGAAAUAAACCUCAAAAGCUUUUUGACAGUCCUAUAUGUGGUAAUGGAUUUGUUGAACCCGGUGAACAAUGCGACUGCGGUCUCGAAGAGAAAUGUGACAAUCCUUGCUGCAACGCAACUACUUGCAUGCUCUAUACAAAUGCCAGUUGUGCUACUGGAGAAUGUUGUGACCUAAAAACAUGUCGACCUAAAUCGGCUGGCACAGAAUGUCGAAGCGCCGAACAUGAAUGCGAUUUACCCGAGUAUUGUACUGGUCAGAGCGAAUAUUGUCCUGUGGAUGUCUUCAAGAUGGAUGGCGAAUCUUGUAGCAUGGGAAAGGCAUUCUGUUAUCAAGGUUCUUGUAGAACUCACAAUGAUCAAUGUAAAUUACUUUGGGGUCCUACAGGUGCUUCAUCUGAUGCUCAAUGCUACGAUAUGAAUAACAAAGGUUCCAAACUUGGUAACUGUGGUUAUAACAGGAUAGAAUCUAGUUACGUUAAAUGCAACGAUCAUGAUAUAUUAUGCGGAAUGUUACACUGUAAACAUUUGAAUGAAAGAUUGGAAUUUGGUAUGGAAUCAGUAGCGAUACUAAGUCAUUCUUUUAUUAAUAAUGGUGGAAAGAUAAUACCUUGUCGUUCAGCAAUCGUUGACUUAGGAUUAAAUCAAGUUGAUCCAGGUUUAGCACCCGAUGGGGCUAAAUGUGCACCUGAUAAAAUGUGUGUUAAUCAAAAAUGUAUGCCAAUCGCUGACCUAAGAGCGUCCGUGUCUGGUGGUAAAGCGUGUCCUAAUAAUUGUAGCGGUAAUGGAGUGUGUAAUAGUCUAGGUCAUUGCCACUGUAAUCGUGGAUUUAGACCACCUGAUUGCACUCAACCAGGCGUAGGUGGUUCUGAAGAUAGUGGACCAGCAGAAGAUCCUAAUGCGAGAAAUGAUUUCAUUAUAGCCAUUUACAUCAUCUUUUUGGGCGUGGUACCUAUGUGUGCUCUCAUAUCGAUAGGAUAUUGGUACCUGAAAAACUGCGGUCAACAUUGGAAAAAGGGUGCAUUAUCUACGAACAAUCGGUGCCACAAUGGAAUGUCGAUAAAAACGAUCGACCGUUCUAGCCCUAUGCCACGUAACAUCGAAACGAUUGACUGCAGUCUAACUCAGGAUCCAGCCUGCGCUAGUCUUCUGCCUAAAACAGAGGUCGAUGCGCGUUACAACAACAACUUCUUUGGCCAAUUUAAAGGGUUCACGAUAACGCCUAUUCAGAAUCAUUCAAAAUUAUCUGAACCAACGAUAUCAGCACCAUCACUGCCUAGCGUUCCUACCGUAGCAAUAAAGACGAAUCUAAAGGCUAAUCAAAAAACAAAUACUAUACGAAAUCAAUCAUUGGCUGAAUCAUCUCAAACAUUUGAAGAUAAUAAUACUACUGCAGCAGCUCCAAAAUUACCACCUAUGAAUCCAGGUUCUACGGCACGUCCAUUAAUAAGUAGUCCUGUUUUAGCAGCAACAACUUGUACGUCCGUAGAAUUGGUACCAUCUAAAGUACCAACUAGACCAGCUCCUGAUAUACCAACGAGAACUGCUCCCCCGCCACCUGUUCUAUUUGCUAUACCUAAACCUCAAAGACCCAAUAGUACUCCCUUGACAAAUUUGGUUGUUGAAGCUGAACAGAAAAAACAAGAAAAAGGUGGUGCGCUUAAUAGAUUAGCAUCUAUGUUACGAUCGAAUUCAAGUGUUACGAGAUCAAACUCUCAAUCUUCUCAAAAGGACGAAAAGAAUAUGAAUUCUUUGACAAGGAAUCAACAUCUCAAGGCUAAUAAGAUGAUAGAUAAAGAGAUAUUGAGAAACUUGGAAAUAUCAAAUCCUAUACCACAAAAGGAGAUUGAAAUCCCAACACCGGUGAUUCCAGUUGCCUCGGUCAAUGAACUAAGUAACCUCGAAACUGAGAAAAAGAACGUUGUCAUGCGAGCUCAAUCGAUGAGAGACACCAAAGUAACGUCCAGACCAGCGAUACAUACUUUUGGUUCUAUGCGUCAAGCUGCACCAACUGUUAAAAGACCAACCAGCAUUCCAGCGAGUAUCAGACCAACCUCACCACCUCCUGGGCCACCUACCGCCGUUGUUACAUCUGAAAAAGAGACGAGUAAUGAUAUUAAAAUACCUGGCUUACCUGGUUAUCAAAAUCCACCAGUUAAAACUCAACAACAAGUUCAACCAGCCAAACAACUGGAGGAUGUGUAUGACGAUUGCAUGAAUUUAGUUUCUGCACCAUCUUUAACCAAGAUAAUGGAGGAAUCGCCAUCGAACGAUAAUAUUUAUGCGGUUAUCGAAGAAUCAAUCCCAGAGAAGACCAAGAAGAACGUCGAAGUACAGCAGAAGGAUGCCGACAACGAAUAUAAAUCACCAAAACGUGUUCAAGCUACACCAAAUUUGUCCAGCGGCAGCGGUACUGGCGGCGGCGGUGGCAACGGCGGUGGUGGUGGCGGAGGCAGUGGUUUGGAAUCGAUGGGCCUUUUAUCAGAAAUCGUAUCAGAAAUCUCUAAUAGAAAUUUCGAUUCUAUAUAUUCGACUUCAACGUUGGCAAGAAAGAAAAAGGAAAAGGAUGAAAUUGCUAAGGCCAGCGAAAAUUUAGGAUCCAAUAGUUCCCUCGGUGGUUACAUGAAUUCAAAUCACUACAAAUCACCGGGUAGUGUUUAUUCCAAUUCCGCAUCCGGUUGCAAAUUUAAUUCAUCAAGUUCGACGACUAGUUCUGGUUAUCUUAAUCCUUGUGCAUUAAAUGUACCACAAUCAGUUAAGGAACGUUUAACGAAAGAUACUUCGGAAGAUAAAAACACUUGCGAAAUUUCACCUUUGUUAUCAGGAAAUUCUCGUAAUAGUAACGUCAAUGAAGAAAUGUCGAAGGAACUUGGUUUAGGGACGAUUCAAAAACCAUUUGUUAAUAUUAACACGGAUCGGUCUAGUUUGAUCUUAUCGGCAAACAACAGACUAAAUGAUAAAAAAGAGGAUGGAAAAAGUGCAAUCAGUAAGCCAUUACAAUUAAGUAGAACUAAGACACCACCGAGUCUUACUAAUAAAGCUUACACGUCAAUGAGAACAACAACUAAACAAAAUUCUGAAAUAAGUGCGAAAUCACCUGUACAAUCACCCGACGGUGGUAACAAUACUACAACUACUACUAUCAAAAAUACUUUAGAUAAAAAUACUAAGGCGAGACAGGUGCCAAUUCAAAACAAAUCUAAUGGCAAUAUUAAUAAACAGAAUAAUAGCAUAGAUAAAUUAGAUUCAAAUAAUACGAGUGUUAAUGGAUCAUCCGUAAAAAGUGUGCCUUUUAGUACUAACAAUAAGGAUGACUCCAGUAAAUUAAAUAGUCCUGAUUUAGUCUCGAGUUGUUCGAAUUCGAAUCAAAAUAGUACGAAAUCACCGGACGUAUUAGGUAAUAACCAUAAAUUAAGUGUGGUACCUAAAACGCAAACACAAAAAUCAUCGACGUUGUCGAGGGCUACCAAAGCGCCAGCAAUGCCGAUGAAACCAUUGAGUAUCGUAUCGAAGGCUGCCAGCUUAACGGAGAAAAAAAAAUCUCCGUCGGGUAACGUUAACAUUAUCAAAUCUUUUUCUUCAUCCACGACUAGGGAUAAUACUUUAAAUAAUAAAAUAUCACCAACUUCGAAUAAAAAUCCAUUGAAAACGAGUGAUACGAAAACAACAACGGAUUCUACGAUCAAUCCCGUUCAAAGAGCUGCCAAUAGCAAAUCGAACGUAGCAUCGUUGCAACAAAGAUUUGAGGCUAAUAAAAAUUCCCAUGUUAAUUCAACUAGAGCUUUGGCAAAUGCUAAUAAAAAAGCUCUUGGCAAAGUGUCCGAUGGUACCACCGCAAAAAAAUAAUUUCUUUUAUUAUAAUAUACUAUUAUUAUGUUCAACGAUAUCGUUGUGAUUAUACGACGAAAAUAUUAAUUUUUGUCUUCGUUACGUUAAAUUCUAGUCCAUCAACAAACGAUUAACAUUGACACGAUCUAGCGAUACACGUGCGAUAUAACUAUGAAAGAUUGUAUCUUUUCUGAUCUAUCUAUACGUACGUACAUAUACGGGAUAUCCCAAAAGUUAUAGAUCCUAAUUAAAAAAGAUUCAAUAAUCUGUAUCGUCGAAAAAAAUGAUUUUGUUUUAUUCGCGUUAAAACAUAUAAAUUAUUUUGUACAAACACAUGUAACUUGAAAACGUUUGAGAAAUCUAUGGGAUGACUUUUUAGAAAUGAUCUAAACUGCACUCCCACCCUUAUUUGUUGCUUUUUUUUUUUGGUCGAUGAUACAUGACUUCUUUUGGGACACCUUGUAUAUAAAAAUGCACAUUGCAAAAAAGUACAAGAAAUGAUUUUGUUCCGAGGCUUUACGAUAUAACAUGCUCGACGAACAAAAGCGUUAAGUAUAUUUUAACAUGAGAAUGGCGCUCGACUUGAGCGCGUCUUCCGAAGUGAAGAUAAAUAAACAAAAAUAUGAUAUAUAAAUAUAAAUAUAUAUUAAAAGUUGUAAAUAAUAGGAUUACGUAAAAAUUCUAAUAUUUUUUGUAGAAGUUAUUAUGCCAUAAAGUUCGAGUGUAUAUAUAAUUGUCAGUAAUUAUUCUAAGGCAGUAACAAUAUCAAUGACUCUUUUGUGAGAAUGCAGACGAUUCAUUAAUCGUUAAUUAAUUAAUUAAUUAAUUAUUAAAAAAAAGGAAUUACGGAAACAAUUGGUUUCUUGGAAGUUGAUAUAACGUAAGCUAUAUUUUCUGCGUUCCUGGAAUGCGUUGAUGACGCUUCUACAAAAAUCCUGCAUUUAAACAAAACACACACACAACAACAAUAUAACGAUAAAAUAUAUUCGAAAUGAUUCGAAUUAUUAUAAAA